AUGGACGCUCUCGAGAAAGCAGCCCUCGACGGCUCCCUCUUCCAAUCUAGAGAGCCGCCCUCUACCACUCGUGCAGACGACUCGGGUGACCGCCCUUUCUUGGGUAUCGAAGACGAAAAGUAUUCGUUCGAAAAUGACGAGUCUUCGUAUAGCAGUCAUAUCGGAAGAUCUCAUUCGGUGGGCCAGGAGCCCAAGCGGGAGCCCAGAGGGCUGGUGGAGCAUGGCGGGCCCCAAACAGGUGCCAAGGGUGUCAUUGAAGACAAAAAGGCCAGCGAGCACCAUGCUCAAGCGGCGAGUCGGGCUGCGGCUCUUGCUCGUGGCAUCAACCCCCAAAGUCGCCAGAUGACUAGCUUGACAGUCCAUGAAGAGGCAGAACUAGCUGCCAGGCAAAAGGCGGAGGAGGAGGACGAGGAACUGAACGAGAUCAGACGUCGAAGACGAGAUCAGCUUCAGCGUCAGAGAGAGGAAGGGCAGGAGAAGGUCGGUAGUUCUGCACUGGAGCACGACAUGAAGAAGGCGGUAAAGGGGGGAGGUCUUCAGGAAAUUGGCAGUGAACGGUUCUUGGAGGUGGUGGAGCGACAGGGGUGGGGCUUGUCAAGAUGCGACGCUCUCUCCACAUCACUGCUUCACCUCUCUCUCAACGUCCCUGAUGGUGUUCCUAUAUCUCUAUAUCGCGCUCGAGCCACGGCUCUUCGCUUUUCCCUCGUACCUCCUACGCCCCAAACUGUCUCUUCUCAUAGGCAGAACACGAGCGAAGAUUCUGAGAUGGCAUGGGAUGAGGAAGGGCAGCCGCUGGGGGUGCCGGAUCCCGACGUGUUGCCGACGUUAUUGGCGUAUAAGGACGGGGAGUUGGAGAAGACUUGGAUUCGAGUAGAUUGGGAUGUGGGGAAGGAUGGCAUAGAGGGUUUGCUAAGAAGGGAGGGCAUCUUGCCGUCCAUCGCCAAGCUUGGUUAUACCGGACAGGCUUACGGCGAGGAAUCUGAUGACGAUGAUUAG